AUGAAACAAGAAGAUCUUAAUUAUUUGACUUAUGGAUCUGUGAUUUCAAUUUCUCAUGUUUAAGAUGACCACUCAUUUAUUACAGCGGAUGGUUUUGUGAAGCGUUCUGUUUGUUUAAAGAACUUUGUAUUUUAAAAGUAUUUAUCUUAAGCAUCAUAUCGAUGUAGUGGCUGCAAAAAAUUUGGGUAAAAUGAAAAGCAGGCCUUAUUUUAACACACUAUUUUAAAUAUUCCCAAAAUUCACUAACAAUACGAAAUAGGAAAUUUUGAAAGAAUUGUAGGGUGAAGAAUAAGAAGAAGAGACUUAACCUGCAAUUCAAAAUAUUUUAGAUGGGAUUUAAAAAUAGUAGAAAGUAGAUGAGAAAACAAUGAUGUCUAAAGAAUAGAUAUAAUCUUUUUCAUAAAAAUUGUUAUAGGAAUUCAAAUACAAUUUAGACACUUUCGAAAAAGUAUAUUGGUCAUAAUUAUUGUUAGUGCAAAUCUCAUAAGGUUUCGUAUAAAUCUCAUAUUUAAUUGUUGCAUUUAGCAUCUUCAAAAUUUUUAGCAUGUCAUUAAAAGGAAGCAAGAGUGGAGAGUUCAAAUUAUAAAAUAACUCUUGAUGAAUUACCAAGUGAUGCAUCUUUAUUUAAAAUAUUACCAGCUUAUAAAUAUUAAAAGGAAGGAGAGUAAGUAAUUUAUGCAAGUGAUAUAGUGUAUAUAGUGAGAGCAACUUCAUUAAUGAAUAAAUUAACAUUUUUACAUGCAUCUUAAGAAAUGGGUAAUUAUGGAAAAACUAAAAAGAAAUAGAAAAGUGAUGAAGAUUUAUAAGUAUAUAGAAAUGAAAAAGAUAUAAUAAAAAGAGAAGUGAAUGCUUCAUUAGAUGAAGAGAAUUAAACAUAAUGGAGGAUAUCUGUAUAUUCUGAUUAUGUACCAGAGACAUCAGGUUGUUUAAAAUGUGGUGAUGUAAUAUGGUUACAUCAUAGUGAAACAAAUACAACAAUAGCAGCAACUAGAAAAGGGAAGCCAGUAGAUUAGAAGAAUUUUCAUUCUUUUAAUUUGGUUGAAUGGUUGGGAGUAGAAAAUGUAGAAUUAAAUGUACUUAGUGGAUCAACAAAGGAGAGUUAUGAUGAAUAUACUGGUGAUACUCAUUCAAUGUGGAUUAUAGAGGCAGAAGAUUAUAAAGAAGGAGGAAUAGUAAUAUUUGAUAAGAAAUAUCGAUUCAAACAUUUUGCAUCUGGAUUAUAUUUGGCAGGAACAAUAGAAAGAUUUUAUUUGGAGAAAUAAAGAACUGCAUAGACAUUAUUUUAUUUUAGUUAAUUGAAGAAUAUUUAAUUGAGAGAGAAAUCAGUAACAAGAGGGAAUUAUGCAUAUAUAUGUCAUGAGAAUUAAGUAUAAGAGAUUAAUAAUAAUUAUUGGGUGGAUAUUUAAUGUGGUAAAUCAUAAAAGCAUACACCAGUAUUACAUUAAGAAUAACAUAAAACAGAUUAAAGUGUAUUCAAAUUAUAUGCUAGUAGUAGUAAUGAUGUAUGGGAAAUAUCAUUUGUAUUAAGUUGUGUUAAGACAUUAAUGAAUUAUUUAGAUGAUGUUUCAAGAUUAAAAUGGGAGAAUGAUGGUAAUGAUAAGGAAGUAUUAAAAGAUCAUUUAUUAAAAAUAUAAACAACUAAAUAAUGUAUUGAAGAUAUUAAUGAUUUUUGUAAUAAUAGAUUAUAUAAUUCUACUCCUGAAUAAAAAUAUGGAACUAUCAAUUAAUUUAGAUAGAAAUUAUUAAAAGAAUAAUAUUAUAUUGAUUUAUUAGUAAAGAUUUUAGUUUAAUAAUUGAAACCUGAAGAUUUAGUAUUAUGGAGUCGUAGAUUUAUGAUUAUUUAAAUGUAAGAUACAUAAUAAUAAUAAGAGAAAAUGAGUAAUACUGAAUAAUCUAAUAAAAAAUAAGGUUUAAAGGAUCAUGAAUUAUUAGCUUAUGUUGCUUUUAAAAUUAAUAUGAAUUAAUCUAUAUAUACUUUACUUAUAUCUAUUUGUAAAUAAAAUCAAGAGAAUGAAAAAUAUACUUUUGAUUUAAUAGGACAUUUUUUAGAUCAUUGUAGAUAUAUUCCAGAAGCCAUUAAAUGUAUGAUAUCUAUUAUUGGUAAUAAUCAAGAAUUGUUAAGUUAAUUAUCAGCUAAUAUGAAGAUUGAUUAUAAUCCAAAAGAAUAAGAUUUUUUUGAACCAGAAGAAGAAAAGAUGUAAGUUUAACAUCAUAAAGUUUAAAAUAAUUUUCUUAUUUUCUUUUUAAAUUUAUUAGAAAAUGAUGAUCAACCUCAUAAAGCAGAUUAUCUAACUUUUUUAAGAGAAAUGUGUGUUUAUAAUAAUUAAGGGAUUAAUUAAAAUUAAGAAGCUAUAUAUAAAUUAUUAAAGAAACAUAAUCAUAAAAAAAUUGCAUUAAUUAAAGAUAAAGAAGAUCCAGAUAAAAUUUCAUUAAAAGAUGGUAAAUUAAUUAUACCUUUUAAAUUAUAAAAUGAUCCUAAAGAAAUGUAUUUUAUUAAUGAAUAAUUAUAAUUCUAUGCACAUGUUUCUUUUGGUAGAAAUUAUUUAUGGAAAUAAGAAUUAGAAUAAUAUUUUAGUAAAGAUUUCUUAUUUUAAAAUAUUUGGUAAGAUGAUGGUAAUAAAACAUAUACAGUACUUUAAGCUGCAUUAUGUAAAAUUGCAAUGAGUCUUUAUAUUGAUCAUGAUCCUUUAAAUAGAGUAUAAUUACCUAAAUAUUGUAAUUUAUAUAAAGGAAUUGAUUAAGUUGCAGAAAAUUAACAUAUGGAUUUAUAUAAACCAUUAAUAGAAGAUUUAUUUAGAUAUUUAUAAGAUGUUAGGAAUCAGAUUGUUCAUGCUUUAGAUUAAAAGGAUAAUGGGGAAAAUAAUAAAGAUUAUGAUGUAUUAGAAGGUAAUGAUGAAAAAAGUUUAUUAAUUAAUGAAUUAUUAUAUAAUUCAUGUUAAAUGAUGUAAUUAGUAUUAGAAUUAGAUGUAUUUACAUUAUUAGAUAAAGAACCAAAUUAUUAUUAUUAAUAAAUAAUUGAUAUUGUAGUACAUUUCUUUUUUUAUGAUUUUAAAUAAUUAUAAUUAAUGAGAAGUGUGUAUAAAUAAUAAAAAAAUGAAAUUAAUUAAAGAAAAUAAAGAAAAGAUAAUAAUCCAUUAAAUUUAGGAGCUAAUUUAAUAAAUAUGGCUAAUCCAAUGAAUUUGAAUUUAAAUAAUAUUUUUGGAUCUGAUGAAGAAUAAAAAUCAGAUACUGAAGAUGAAGAAUAAAUAGAUGAUGGAAUUGUUGAUGAUGUUUAAAUGUAUACUAAUCCAUUGAUGAGAGGAUUUAUUAAAUUAGAGAAUGAAUUAUAAAGUACAAUCUUAAUAAGAGAGGAAUCUGGAUCAAAUUAAUUGGAAAUUAAAAUUAAAUUAACUUUAUGUAAUAUUAUGGACAGAUUCUUAGAUAUGAGAUAAAAUUAUUUAAUGUUAAAUGUACUAUCUUUUUUUAAAAAAUAAAUUAUAGAGAAAAUGUAAGAUGGAUUAUAAUAAACUAAAUUAACUAAAGAAAAAGAAGAAUUACUUGUAGGUAUGUAAGAUUCAGAAAUUGAUUUUCUUAAAAUAUAAUAAUUUGUAUAAAGUAAAACUGAUUUAAAUUUAUUGGGUUUACUUCCAAAUAUAGCUAAGACUGGUAUAAAAGAUAUAGAUGAAAAAGAAGAAUAAAAAGAUGCAUUUGGUAUUGGAGCUUUAAAUUUUUUGAAUAAAUUGGCAGAAACUAAACUUGAAUCUGAAGAAUUUAAAAUAUUCACAUAAAAUAUAAUGCUCAUUUAUGAUUUAGAUUAAUAUUUUUCACUUAAUUUACCUUAAGAAGAUAUAACAAAAAUAUCAAAUCCUAUUGGAGUUGUAUUACCAUUUUUAUUUACAAAUUUUUCAUAAAUUCAUGAAGAAGAAUUAGAAAAACGAUGUUUAGCAAUAAUAAUGAGAUUAUUUAAUUAGAGAGAGGAAUUAUGUAAUAAUUUAUUAAAAUUAUAAUUGAUUAGUGAUCCUAUUAAAAGUAAAUUAUAUGAAUAUUUGAGUGAACAUGUUUAUAGAUUAAAUUAAUUAAUAGAUAGAUCAGAAGUAUGGUUAACAGAUUUCAUGAAGAAUUCAAAAUAUGAAGAUUUAGAUGAAACACUUGAAAUUAUAGAUAAUUUUAGAUAAGGAUUUUUUAAAGAUACUCAAAUAGGUGCUAGAAUUAUGUCAUCUACUUAAGAAAUUGAUCCUGAAAAGUAGAAUUUAAUGAAUGCAUUAAAAAUCUAUGAGCCUAUUUUAAAUUUAAUAAGAGAUCAAUUAUAAUCUUUAGAUUUUCAUUUAGAAAAUAAUAAAAAUAUUCAAAAAAAAUAAAGAUUAGCAUAAUUAUUUAUUUAUGCAUUUUAAUUUUUAACUUAUUUUUGUAGAAAUAAUCAUGAAAAUUAAAUUUUACUAUCUUAAAAUCUAUCAAGUUUUGAAUUUAUUCAUAUUGAAGUAGGUUAAAUUCCAUUGAUAUGUGAAAUCUAUAAAGAUAAUUAAAAAAUGUUAUCAUCUAUAAAUAAAAAUGAUAAAGUUUUUCAUAAAUUUGUAGAAGCAAUAUAUUAAAAUGGAAGGAAAGCUUAAUAUUUGGAUUUCUUUUUAACAAUAAUAAAAUAAGGAAACAAAUAUCUUUUUGAUAAUCAAUUAUUAGUUUUAAAUACAUUUUUAGAGAAAGAAGAAUUAUUAUAUACAGAAAGAAAUGAAUUUAUAUUUGAUGGAGAAAUCUAAUUACAUUAAUCUGAUUUCUUAAAUGAUUUAGCUCAUCCUCCUCCAAUAAAUUAACCAUUUAGAUAUCAUACUAAAUUAUUAGAUUUGUUAUUAUAAUGUGCAUAUAUAUAAGUGAUAGAAGGAGAUUAAAAAGACAAUUUUACAAUUAAUGUUGCAAAAUUAAAAAAGAAAUUUAGUUUAUAAUAUUUGAUCUCUUUAAUAUGUAAAUAAGAUUCACUUACAUCAAAAAAUCCAUCUAUAUAAGAUUAAGGAUAUGGUUUAAUUAAAAAAUAAUUAUGGAUAUUUUUAAUGAAUGUUCAUAUUACAAGUGAAAAGAGUCAUAAUGUAGCUAAAGAUAUUUAGAAUGAUAUAAUGAGAAUAACAGAUUUUGAAAUAAAAAGAUUAGAAUAAUUAUCAAUUGAUCUAUCUUACACUAAAUAUUUUGAUUUUUUAACAGAUGCAGUAUUACCAUUAUUUACAACUUAUUUAAAUCGUAAAAAUUUAACAACUAGAUUGGAAGAAGAUGAUGAAGCUCAUGAUUAAGAAUAAAAAGAUAUAUCAUAAUUACUUUCAUUUGCUAAAUUAUUAUCAUAGGCAAUGAUAUAAUUAGGAAAGUACAUUACUAGAAAGAGACAUGUUCAAAGUUUAACUGGAUUUUUUUCAUUUUUUUAAACAACAGAAAUGGGUAGAUGUUGUAUUUCAUUAUAAAAUUAAUAAUAAAAAUGGGAAGAUCUAGGUGAAUAUCAUAAUCUUAGAUCAGUUAUGUCUAAUAUAGAUGCUGGUGCUAAUGAUAAUUUUUAAACUGAAUAAUUAGAACCAAUUAUAAAUUUAAAUUAAAAUGCCAUUUAAUAAAGUCAUGGAGAUAAUCCUGUACCAAAAACUAUAUUUUAAAAUAAUAAUAAUUAUGUUAAAUCUGAAGGUGCUGGAGUAAUGUAAUUUUGGUAAAAAUCUAAUAAGAAAUAAAAAGAUGAAUAACCAAUAAUUGAAAUGGAAUUUAAAACUGAAGAUGUAGAAAAGAUUGCAUUAGCAUGGGAAGAAUUUAUUAGUCAUUUAUGUUUGGCAGAUAAAACUAAGAUAUAAAUUUAAGCUGAAAUAUAAAAAUUAUCAGAAGCUAUUCUUAUAUUUGAGUAAUAUUUUGGAGGAUCAAAUGAUAAUAAGAAUGAAAAGAAUGAUAAGGUUUUAAAAGUUGAAAGAACUAUAUUAAUAAAGAAAUUUAUUAAUUUUUUGAGUUAUGCAUUAAAUAAUAAUUAGAAUAACAAAACUAUUAUUACAUUAUUAAGUGUAUUAAGAAAAUUAAUUGAAGGAAAAUCUAAAGAAGAAAAUUAAGGAGAACUUGAAGUUGAAGGAGAAAACAAUGAAAUGGAAGAAAUGCAAAAUCUAUUUAAUAAAUUAGGAGCUACAAGAAUGGUAUUGACUGUAUUAAGUGAAUCAACAACAUUAGAUAGUGAAAUGUUAAGACAUUUUCUUAUGUUUAUAAAUACUCUUCUUUCUGGAGGAAAUAAUAAAGUUUAAAAAACUAUUUCUGAAUUUAUGAAGACUUAUCCUAAAAGUGAAGUCAUUUUUAGUAGAUUAAAUAAUGUUAUUUAAGCUUAAAUUAAACAAAUUACUAUAAAAGCUAAGGAUAAAAAAAAUGAAGAUCAAUUAUAAAAUUAAUUUUAAUAAUAAGAUGAACCAAAUAUUUAAGAAAUGUAAUAAUAAUAAGAAUUAGAAUUAUUACUUAAUCAAGUAUUAAAGUUUCUAUAAAAUUGUUGUGAAGGUCAUUAUUUGGAUUUAUAAAAUUAUAUUCGUCAAUAAUCAAAUUCUAGAAAUUCUUAUAAUAUGAUCAAUUAAGUUGCUGAAUUAUUAUUAACCUAUUAUUAUAAGGAUAAAGCAUAAUAUGAUAAUAUGGUUUUAUGUUUAGAUACUUUAAAUGAAUUAGUUUAAGGACCAUGUCCUGAAAAUUAAGUAGCUGUUGCAGAUUCUAAAUUUUUUGAAAUUGCAUCUGAUUUAUUUGGUUCUAGAAAAGAAAAGAAAUCUGCUGGCAAAGCUCAGACUAUGGGUUCUAAUCUUAGAACUACUAAAACUUAAAAUAAUAAGUAUAAAACAUGUAGAUAUUAAAAAUAAUAAAAUGGAUCAGAUUUAAAGGCAUGGUAAAUUGAAAGAAUGUAAACAAAAUGUUUAAUAUUAAUUUUAUCAUUAAUUGAAAUGAGAGAAAUAUCAGAUUCUAAUCCUAUUAUCAAAAGAAUCAUGAGACAUAUUACACCUACACUUUUAUAAAAACAUCUAGUUAAAUCAUUUGAUAAAUAUGAAAAAUAAUGUAAAGAAGGAUAUUAGAUUGAAGUUUUAGAUCGUAUAAAGGAAGAUCCAAAAGAGAAUGAAGAUGGAAAAGAUGAAUUAAUUUUACAAAAAGGAUUUUAUAUAUAUUUCUUAAUGUGUUAUUAUAUGGAAUCAGAUAAAAAUGCUGAAAAUCCAUUUGUUUAAAUGUACAGAGCUAAUACAAGAAAAAAGUUAAAAUAAGAUAAAGGAGCAUUGGAGGAUUUACUAUUUGGUGAUAAUAUAAUAGGUUAAUUAGUUAGUUUUGUUAUGUCUUUUGCAAAUAGUUGGAUUGAUUUAAUGAAUCAAAUAAAGAAGGAAGCAUAAAAAUAAAUAGCUAAUUAAAAUUAAGGACCUGAUUAAUAGGACAAAUAAAAAAAAGAGAAACAUGCAGAAUAGAAAGAAGAAAAGAAGGCAGAGAAAUUAAAAUAAGCUAAGAGAGCAUUUGAUUUCUUUUAUAAAAAUAGUGCAUCAAUAGAAGUAGUUAGAAAUAAUGAGAUUGAAAUAGUUUAUUUUAUAUUACUGCCUUAUACUAAUAAUCUACCUAAAGAAUAAAAGGUUGAAUUUCAUGAAAAUGUAGAUAGAUCAUCUACAAAAUCAAAAGUUUAAUUUUUAGUUUAAGAAUCAGAAAGAUUAAUAGAAAUUUGUGAACAUGAGGAAUAAUUAAGAAGAAUCUUUUAGAGAUAAAAAUUUUUAGCCUUAUUUGCUAAUUAUGUUAAAUUAUGGAAAGACUUGGCAUUCUUAUUUACUUUAUUGUUAAAUCUUUUCAUAAUAGGAUCAUUUGCAAAGAAUGAUUCUGGUAAUAGACUAACAGAUUUUAGAUUAUUUAGAGAUGAGAAAUAUUCUCCAUAAUAAACUAGAAAUAUCUUUCUUAUAUGUGGUACUAUAAUGGCUUGUUGUUCAAUAUUUGUUGUAUCCUUCUUUUUAUUUAAGAAUGCCCCUUUAAUAAUUAGAAAAGCUUGGAAAACAAAAUUACCAUUUGAAGAUAAAUUUACUUAUUGGCCAAUUUAAUUGAUUUAUAAGAUUUUUAAAUUAUUGGCAGUUCUUUUUUAUAUUUUAAAAGAAAUAGAAGUUGUUUAUUAUUUGGCAUAUGGAGCUUUAGCUGUUAUUGGAACAGUUUUACAUCCAUUUUUUUUUAGUUUUCAUUUAACAGAGAUAUUGAUUAGAUAUCCUACUUUAAAAAAUGUUAUCAGAUCAGUUUGGGAACCAAAAUAAUAAUUGGGUCUUACAUUGGUUUUAUUUAUUAUUUUAGUAUAUGUAUAUGGUCUAAUUGCUUAUACAUUUUUCUUUGAAGAUUAUAAAGGUAAAUGUUAAUCAACUCUUUUUUGUUUCCUUUUCACAUUUGAUUGGACAUUUAAGGCAAAUGGUGGUGUAGGAGGAUAUUUAUCAGAUUUAGAAGAUGAAGAUAAAGUAGAGAAAUAUCAAUUAGGAAGAUUUGUAUUUGAUAAUACAUCUAAUAUAUUUUUAGUGAUUAUUAUGGUGAAUAUAGUUGCAGGAAUUAUUAUUGAUACAUUUGGAUCAUUAAGAGAAGAAGAAAGCAAUAAAAUAAGAGAUAUUGAAGAUAAAUGUUUUAUUUGUGGUAAUCUCAAGACAACCUUUGAUAGAUUAUCAGAUAGUUCAUCAAUGGGUUAAGGAUUUGAUUAUCAUAUCAAAGUUAAUCAUUACAUGUGGAAUUAUGUUUUUUUUAUGGCUUAUUUAAAAUACAAAGAUCCCACAGAUUAUACAGGUAUAGAAUAGUAUGUGUGGGAGAAAAUAUAGAAAAAGGAUUUGACUUGGUUUCCAUUUAAUAAAGCUAGAGAAUUAUAAGGUCUUAAAUCAGAAGAAGAAGAGGAUUCUAAAAGAAUAGAAAGACUUUCUUCAGAUGUAAUAUUAUAUUUAUAUUAUUAUAGAUGUCAAGUGUUAUGGAAUAAAUGUAAUCUGUUACAUCAAUGUUGAAUUAAAUUAAAAAUAGAAAAUAAUCAAGACAUAAUGCUAUCAAAUCAGUUGAACUGCUAUGA